CACCCUAUCUCUAAGGGAGCGCCCCGCCACCCUGCAGAGGAAACUCAUUUCGGCCACUUGUAUGCAGGAUCUUAAACUUUUGGUCAUGACCCAAAGUUUAUGAGGUGAGCCCAUCAUCAGAGGUUUGAUCAUAGAGGAAUACAUGGGAAACGGUGAAGAUCGUGUGAAAAAUAGAGAUGGGUUCACAGAGAUGCUGGGAGAUCUGAUAUUUACCAUUCCAGCCAUAAAGACAGCAAAUACCCACAGAGAUGCGGGCGCCCCCGUGUACCUGUAUGAGUACCAGUAUCCUCCCAAACUCCUGCAGGACAUAAGGCCGAGCUUUGUUGGCUGUGACCAUGGAGAUGAAAUCAUGACAGUAUUAGGAUUUUGCUUCACAACUUCCCAUGUCAAGUUAAGUGGUAAAUGCUCUGAAGAGGAGAUGCAGUUGAGUAGAACCAUGAUGAGCUACUGGGCUAACUUUGCUCGCACAGGGUCUCCUAAUGGGGAUGGUCUUGCACACUGGCCAAAGUAUGGAGCAGAAGAACACUACCUGGAAAUCCGUUUAAAGGAGCAGGUAACUGGUCAGAGCUUGAAGAAGGACCGGUUUGUCUUCCUGACUCAGACGCUCCUAGAGAAGAUCCAACAACAGAAAGAGAAGAAGCACAGCGAGCUGUAGAGCAGUCACCUCUUUCUUCUCUUCAAUUUUUUACUCUUUAACACGCCUCAUAACGUUAAUAUUUUAACAACUUGAUUUACUUUUUGUAGCCUUUGCAGAAGAAGUACGUCAAUUAAAUCUUUUGGUCGGAAGCAACUCAGUAGCAUGAAGUGUUGGCUUACAGUCACUUAACCUCAUGUUUUAAUGGGUAUAAAAGUGGUUUGUUUGCUUUGUGUUGACUCCUCAUGUCAUGUAGGGCUGUAUUGUGAGGUGUAACAAAUCUUGUAAUCAAACUGUAACUGUCUCUCAAAUAAAACACCAAAACAGGAGAUUUUUAAGUGAUAGUUGAGAACACUUUACAUGCAUCAUUGCAGUAAUGUGAUACACAAACCAAAACUAAGUCAGCAGAUAUGAAAAAAAGGUUCUUUUAUUAUUCAAAUAGCUGGAUACAGAGGACUUGCAGAGAGGAGAAUGGAACAAACAAAUGCUGUACAUUGCAGAGGAAAUUUAAAAAAUGUGACUAAAUCAAGUCGAUGAUGCUUGGGCAGACAUUUUUUUUGUUGCAAAUGUUAGAAAACCUGCAGUCUUCUAGGAUUAAAAAGGAGCAUUAUUUUUUCCCCAUAUUUUUGUAUAAUGUCUGUCUUUCAAUUGUGAGAUCAAAAUAAACAUACAUUGUUGGAACAUUUA